AUGAGUUCUCUGAGUUUUUGUUCAGAUUUGCAUUCAACUAUUAAUGAACAAUCACUUCAUGAUCAGUCAUCUUCAGGUAUGAAUAUUGAUCAUUCAAAUAGCAGUAAUUCUUGUUCAGAUUUGCAUUCAACUAUUAAUGAACAAUCACUUCAUGAUCAAUCAUCUUCAAAUAUGAAUAUUGAUCAUUCAAAUAGCAGUAAUUCUCGUUAUAGAUUUGAUUUUGAGCUCUACAAUACUGAGUCUUUUAAGCUUGUUUGUUAUGAUAAGUUGAUACAUAAGAAGCCUUUCAACGGAUCGGUAUUUGAUUCGUUGGACAUUGGUCUUGACUUUUACAAGACUUAUGGUCAAGAACAUGGUUUUGAUGUGAAUAUGUCAAGUCAAAAAGAUACAAUGAUGGCACAGUUCGUCUUAGAUAUUUCACAUGUAGUAGAUCUGGUUUCACGGAGUCGUUCAAGAAUGAAAAUAUUAAUGUGA